AACAGAUAACACAGUCGCACUGAAUUCUGGAAUUUGAGGACUGUAUUGUAAGGUGGAGAAAAUGGCAUUGUGCAGAGGUAUAGCCAUGUCCAAUCUUCCAAAUCCGACGCCCUUCACCGCCGCUCCCAACCCCCACACUCGCCUUCCAUGGAAGACUUCUCUUCCGCUCAAGAAGCCUUCAAUUUCCGGCUUCAUUCCGGUUACAGGAGUGCCAUACUACUCCAAUUUAACUAUAAGAUUUGCUAGCUCUGGGGAAACAUCUAGUUUUACACAGAAUAAUCUGUAUGAACCUGUGCAAACUGAGACACCUAAGCAAGAAGAAAAAAGUUAUGAUAUAGCUUCAUAUAAUGAGGCAUCCAGUGAUGACUCUUCUCUGGACAUCCAAGCACAAUUGUCAAAGAUUUUUGCUCAAGUCGGUAUAGAGAUUGAUCCUGAAAACUCAUCCUCAAUUUACCUUUAUGGUGGUGGUGCUAUUUUAGCUGUUUGGUUAACUUCGGCUCUUAUUGGUGCUAUUGAUUCUAUACCCCUGUUACCCAAAUUGAUGGAACUCGUGGGUCUAGGUUAUACCGUGUGGUUCACCAUCCGGUAUCUGCUAUUCAAGAAAACUAGAGAGGAGAUAGCAGCAAAAAUCAAAGAUAUUAAGCAGGAUGUGCUGGGUUGAGAAGAUGCUCAAAGAAGUUCUACUACAAGUAUAGUAACUUUGAAUGUAUAUUACUUCUCUACAAGCCCUUGAUCUGAUCCAAUGCCUUUUUGGUCAAAACAAAAUUUGAAAGAGAGCAUCUUUGUGCAUUACUCUUCCAAAUGUUUGGUAUAUAUGCUGUUAUAAAUACAGUCAAUUUGAAGUUCCUUAAUUUGCUUAA